GUUAAGAAAGAAAAUCGGAUUCCAUUGUCAAUGAUGAAGAGGGUGUAGUUUUCUGUUUUCUUUUUCUAAAUAAUUACUAAAAUAACAAAUUUGAUGAGACAGAAUCCAUGAAAAGUCUAUCAUGUUAAAAGUUGCAAAUGUAGUGUGCUAUUUCUCAGAAGAUUGCAGUCAUAUUCGUUUUAUUAUAUUUAUUUAUUUCUAAAGGGUUCGUUUUAAUUGGAAAUAAUACUAAAUAUGUAUAAAGAUUCUUUAAUUUGGUAAAUUAAUUAUUAACUUCAAUUAGUCAAGACAUUAUAAUCUUAAUGGAGGAGCUACAAGGUGUAUUGUCCCAUGCACAUCCCCAUCUCCCUACUUGUUUCUAUUGGUUGCAGAAGGCCUAUCUUCUCUAUUGAAUUCUCAGCAUCCUUUGAGCCAUCUCUCGGUAUAUUCUUCAGAACUACGAGGAUACUUUUGGAGCAUCUAUUAACUAAUCCAUGGAAGAGAGUUUUUUUUUCAACUGGAGGCAAGAAGAUUCUUAUCAAGAGUGUUGGUCAAGUAAUUUUGAUGUAUGAUUUUCAGCACUUAGAGAUAGAACAGGGCAUUAGUGACAAAAUGGAGCUUAAUUGCAUCAAUCGGAAAAGAGAAGGUCAAAAUGACCAAAAUGUUCUUGGAGGCGCAUUGCAUAUCACAGUGGCACUAGCGCCCAACACUUUUUCUAGUAGCACCGAAUUUGGUGCAUGCCACAAUGCUCUGAACUCCAAACGCGUGAGGAUUUUCAUCAGUGCCGCGAUGCUAUCACCAUGUUAUAAAUAUUAUUUUUAGCCACCUAGGUAAAAGGAUAGGAGAGAUUAGUAGAUUUUUACACUAUUAGGCUCGGUUUUGGACAUUCUUGAUCGAAACCCAUGACAUUUCUUCAUGUCUUGCUCUGUAAUCUUUAUUUUGGUAUCGGGAUUCAUGUAUUGAUGAACGACUAAAGGCCUAAACGUCGUUUUGAGGUUUG